CUCGGGUCUCUGCAACCUUCAGGCGCGGGCGGCGCGGAGCGCGCCCACUGCGCGUGCGCGCGCCGGCUCGCAGGCCCCCUCGCCCCCUCCCCUGCGCCGGGACUUGGUACGGCCGGGACGUCCCGGCGGUUGGCGUCCUCCGCUGUUCCAGCCAGGGGCGGGCUUUUCAAAUCUUACCUUUGGAAGAGUGGCGGCGGCCCUGGCUGUGGCGCUGGUGAUGGAGGGGCAGAUCCUGAGGGGACCCGAGCUCCGCCCGGCGGGGCUUCCCGCCCAGCAGGACUGCAGCAUUCAAGAAAAAAUAGAUUUAGAAAUUCGAAUACGAGAAGGGGUAUGGAAACUCCUUUCUCUGAGCACUCAGAAAGACCAGAUUUUGCAUGCAGUUAAGAAUCUCAUGGUGUGCAAUGCUCGAAUAAUGGCUUACACAUUGGAGCUGCAGAAAUUAGAAGAGCAGAUUGCAAAUCAAACUGGAAGAUGUGAUGUGAAUUUUGAAAGUAAAGCACGAACAGCAUGUAAGGGAAAGAUUGCCAUAUCAGAUAUUCGUAUACCACUAAUGUGGAAAGACUCUGAUCACUUCAGCAAUAAAGAACGAUCACAGCACUAUGCCAUUUUUUGUUUAUUCAAAAUGGGAGCUGAAGUUUUUGAUACUGACAUGGCGAUUGUGGAUAAAACAAUCACAGAUAUAUGUUUUGAAAAUGUGACCAUAUUUAAUGAAGCAGGGCCAGACUUUCAGAUAAAGGUGGAAGUAUAUAGUUGCUGUACAGAAGACUCUUCUAUAACCAACACACCAAAAAAAUUAGCUAAGAAACUGAAGACCUCUAUAAGCAAAGCUACAGGGAAGAAAAUAAGUUCAGUGCUUCAAGAAGAUCAUGAAAUGUGCUUGUCCUUCAGUUCUGCUAUUUAUGGUGCAAAGUACAGUUUGCUAGCUCAUACUACACUGAGCUUGGAAAGUGCUGAGAAUAGCUUCAAGACCCAUAAUCUGUCUAUUAAUGGGGAUGAAGAGUCUUCGUUUUGGCUUCCCUUAUAUGGUAACAUGUGCUGCCGAUUAGUCGCCCAACCAGCUUGUAUGGCUGAGGAUGCAUUUGCAGGAUUUCUUAAUCAGCAGCAAAUGGUAGAAGGUCUGAUUAGUUGGAGAAGGUUGUAUUGUGUUUUAAGAGGGUGUAAACUCUAUUGUUUUUACACUCCAGAAGAAAUCGAAGGUAAAGUGGAACCAGCUUUGGUAGUGUCCAUUAACAAGGAAACCAGAAUUCGGGCAAUGGAUAAGGAUAAAAAGAAAAGAAUCCAUAAUUUCUCUGUCAUCAACCCUGUUGCUGGACAAGCUACAACUCAUAUUUUUGCGGCUGACAACAGAGAAGAUCUUCAGAAGUGGAUGGAAGCCUUCUGGCAGCAUCUCUUUGAUCUUAGCCAAUGGAAGCAUUGUUGUGAAGAACUUAUGAAAAUUGAGAGUAUGUCACCACGGAAACCACCUUUGUUCUUGACAAAAGAGGCAACCUCAGUCUACCAUGAUAUGAGCAUUGAUUCACCUAUAAAACUUGAAAGUUUAACUGAUAUAAUACAAAAAAAAAUUGAACAGACAAAUGGAGAGUUCCUUAUUGGUCAGCAUGAAGAAUCCUCACCACCUCCUUGGGCCACACUCUUUGAUGGUAAUCACCAAGUUGUCAUCAAGAAAAAGGUAUUAUCUCCUGCAAGCAAGCAGUUACAUGAUGGGAAAGGGAAAAAGAGACGAGCUCCCCUUCCUCCUUCUGGUAAAGCUGCAUUCAGCUUAAAAACACAGAGCAACACAGAUCAAUUGGUUAAGGACAACUGGGAAAAAACAAGUGUAUCUCAGACCUCGCCUUUGGAUACCAAAUUGUCAACCCUAAUGCAUCACUUACAGAAACCAAUGGCUGCUCCUCGAAAACUUCUUCCUGCCAGGAAAAGUAGUUUAACUGAUGGUGAGCACACAGACACUAAAACGAAUUUUGAAGCCAAGCCAGUGCCAGCUCCACGGCAGAAAUCUAUCAAAGACAUUUUGGACCCUAGAUCAUGGUUGCAGGCACACGUGUAGAAAACCCUUAAUGUCUAAGACAUUUAACAAAAUCUGUAACUGUGAGGCUUAAUUCAGAAGCACUAUAGAUGUAGGAAUAUGUAAUUAUGUAGGUAAAUAUGACAGUGAUUUACAUCAAUAAUUAAUAAGCUAUUAGGUGUAAAAAAUGUUUUAUAAUGAAGAAAUGGAUUUCUCUAGCAGAGUGCAGGAGGCAGUUUCUAGACAAUAUCCCAAUUGUUGGAAGGGUUAAUUUAUUCCUAAGUUAGUACCAGGCAGUGAACAAGCACUAGGCAGAAGAAAGCAUUAAAAUUUCUUUGGGGAGGGAUUGUCUAGUAAUUUAAAAUGUGUUAAAUAAGAGCCAUAUUCUCAUUGUGGGGAUUUUAAUACUAAUGGAAUGUUUCAAAAGUUUUAUUCAAACCACAAAUUAUAGAAUCCACCCAAGAAAAUUUCUUCUUAGCAUUCUGGAAUUCUCAUCUAAUGGUCCACUGGCUCUCAUCUAUUGUUUAACUCACUAGUUAACUCAGUGACCUUUCAGAUUCCUGAGAUAAAUUUUGGAAUAUUAAAUUCUUCAUUUUUAAAGGGAAUAUGUAAUGUGCUGUUCAAAGUUGUUUCCUUGAUGAGCCCUGAAAUCCUGUUGACAUUAACUCUCAUAAGUAAAGCAAAACAUUUUUUAGUUUAAGGAACAGGUAGAUGAAAUGUACUUUACUUCCGCUUUUCUAUGCAUGGUACUAAUUUCUAUUGUGACAUUGGCAUUUGGGGAAGUGAGUAGCUGAUUAACACCUUAAGAUUCAUUCAGUACUUAUAUAAAAAGCAGAUGGCUGAUUCAAAAUAUCAGAAAUGUUGGCCAUGAUAAUAAUUUUCAGAAUUAAUCCAUCUAAAAGAUUUUAAUUAGAUUUCCUUUUUCUUGUAAGGGUUCAUGUCUGCUACUGAUAUUUGUCAUUAAAAGUCAUACUCUUACAAUAAUGACAUUGGAAUCAUUUCCAUAGGAGGUAAUUUCCAUAGCAACUAAUCAUAGUGACACAAACAAGAUUAUGAAAUCAAGUGAUGAAUAAAUAGCAACAGAAUGAAUACCUCAAAGGAACAAAAAAAUCCAUUUUCUUAAUAAUUAUGCUUCUUAUAAACAACAGCUAGACAAUUUAAAAAAUCUAAUCAGAAUUUCCAAGUAAAAUAAAGCAGUUUCCAUAAGGUGUCAGCAGCAGCACUAAAAAUCUCAAAUCACACUGAACCCUAAAUGUCAUUGCAACAAAUGAAAAUAUAAGAAUUAAAUUACUGCCCUGUGUAUAAUCUCUAGAGAUCUUUUUAAAGCUUGUAAGAACUCUAUUUGGAUCAGAACUACAUUAUUUCAAAGUAAAAUGAACACUUGACAAAAAAUAACAUUAAUUUAAAUGGAGCCUUUCAUUAUUUUUAGAUAGCAGAGUCUUUUUUCAUUUAUGUAGAAUGAUGUAACUGCCAGGUUACUUUUGUGUUUACCCAGGACUCCUAGUAAGAAUUGGGACUCAAGGGAGUAAUGAUACAAAAGGUCUCUUGUGGCUGGCGACACCAGGAUAGACAUAGCAUUUGAUGAGAAGGAAAUCCUAUAUGCUUGCCUGAUAGAAUUUAGAGACAAUCAAGUGUAUGAAAACCUAAAAAGGGAUUCACUUCCAGUGACUAGAGGACGGCGGAAGUGAUGCUGUGUGACCUGUGAGGCUAGGAUAUGAAGGAGGGUUUAUACCUAAGCACUCUGUCGUGGAUCACUGACUUUGAGGGAAGCCAGCAACUACACUCCAUCAGUCCUGGAAGAGAUCCAUGUAGAGAGAAACUGAGACCUCUGCCCCACAACCAGCACCAGCUUUCGAAUGAGCACUCAGAAGCGGAUCCACAAACCUAGACCUGAUGGCAGCCUCCGGAGAAAUUCCAAACCAGAACCACCCAGCUAAGCACCUCCUAAAUUCUUG